GAUCUCAUUGGAAUCAACAUUAUGGCCUAGUUGAGGGGAGGUAGGUUAGCACGGAGCGAGGCGGAGAUGGACCCCGAACCGCACUAUCAAGUAGACCUCGGCGAUCUCGUGGCGUACUGCCCUUUUCAAAGCUUCCCUACUCUUCCCUCUUCCAGGUGCAACAAUCUUCUUAGCCCGGUUUCUGUAGUCUUCAAUAUAUGUGUGGAGGAGCUAGUAAAGGCAUGUCUACAGGGAGGGAGCAAGUUAGUCCAAGCAAUUGCAGAUGGUGUUUUUAACUUACCUUCAACUGAAGAUCCUGAAGGGCCCUUUGUCGAGUUGCCUUCCCCCUCAACAAAACUUCCAAGCUGCCAAAGCCCAAACCUCCUACAAAAUGGGGGGAGUUUGCUAAAAGGUAUAAAGAAGCAUAAAAAGGACAAAGUUGUAUUAGAUGAACAAACUGGUACAUGGAAAUGUUGUUAUCGUUAUGAUUGUGUUAAUGAUGACAAAGAUGUGCCUAUUAUUGAGGCCAAGUGUCUGAUGGUAAGAAUCUUAGCAAGUUGCUUUGUCAAGGAUGUGAUCUCAACCACCUUUACCUUUGAAAAAUGGGUUGAAAAGCAAGACAAGAAUAGAUUACAGAACUUGAAGCAAGCUGCAAGAGUUGGUGCUUUGCCAAGCCAUGUUAAGCUUGCUGCCACAGCUUUGCCAAUUAUGGGAACCCAGGCCCCAUCUAAGAAGUUUACUAAAGAGGAACUGGGAAGUGUGGCUGGUAUAGUUGCUACUUCUACAGCUAGUGGCGGGAAAUUUGAUAACAAGUUGCCAGGAGAAAAGCCUGCUAAAAGGAAGAAAAGCACCACAAGUUCCUACCAGUAGUUGAAGGAUCAGGGGCAGGCUCACAAGAGGAGGAGCAAAUGGAUGUAGUUCUGAACAAGUUAAUCUUGAAGCACUCUCAAGAGAUACUUAAUGUUCAUAAGGCCAUUAACAUGUACAAUGUGAAGAAAGAGAAGAAAACAAAAGUAUAGGAAGAAUCAAGAAACAAAAUCUUCAUCAACCUCAAGCAAGUUGAGACCAAAGAAGUAUAUUAAUAAGAAAACUGCAAAGAAGGGUUCGACAUCUUCAAAGAAAGGGAAGGCACAAUGAAAAUGCUUAAUCAUUGAGCUCCAAGAUGGGUUCAGCAUCUUCAGAGAAAGGCACAAUGAAAGUACUAAUUAACCAGCUUAUAGAAAUAUCAUGUGCUAAAAUUGUUUAGCCAUACCAUGUGUUACAUUUUCAAAGUAGUUUCAGUUUCAUACCUAGGAAAUGUUGUUUCUUGUUCACUUGAAGGUAAUCUAAUUCCUGCCGUUAUUACUUUGU